AUGCUUAAAUUUGAUAAAGAACAAAUCAAAGAUUUAAGAUUUGAAAGAGACUUGAAAGAAAAAAGAAUGACGUGUUUAGAAAAUGCUAAAGAAUUCGUAGAAACUAAAUUUGAGACAAUGAUUUGGCCAGCGACUAAAAGAUGGAUUUAUCAUUCUAAUUUUACGUAUGAUCUUCUAAUAAAAGAUGGUUCUUUUAAUAAAGAUGCAUGUGAAAUAGUAUGUAAUGGAAUUUUAAGAAAACAAGAUUAA